UGCAGCUGCAGUUUCGCGAGAACCUGCCAACCCGGAUGUACAACCACAGCUCGUUUCUGUUCGGCCAUCGAUCGCUAAUGUUCCACGCGGUGUCAUCAAAAUAUGUUCAAUCGGAUAGAUGCGAGCAAAUCAACGAAAGGUGCGAGCAAAUUACGAAGGGACCUGAUAAACGCCGAAAUUGCGAAUUUACGUGACCUCCUCCCAUUGCCACCGUCCACGAGACAGAGACUAUCCCAAUUACAACUUAUGGCAUUGGUCUGUGUAUUUCUUCGUAAAGCUAAUUAUUUUCAGCAAGCACUCAAGAGCAAUCCUUCGGAUUCUACGAAUAUACCGACGCCUAAUAUAGGAUUUUCAAAAGCCAUGUCCGGUUUCAUCAUGAUGAUGACCCAACAGGGCAAACUCUUGUACAUUUCGGAGAAUGCUGCCGAAUAUCUCGGUCACUCCAUGGAGGACUUAUUGAUACACGGUGACAGUGUUUACGACGUCAUAGACAAACAGGAUCACAUAGUAGUGCAAAAUCAAUUGGCGCGAAACAGCUCGAUGCCCAACGAAAGACGACUGUUUCUCUGUCGUAUUAACGUUUCGAGAAAUUCCCGGCGGCAAUUGCGCUUCGGCGAUCAAAAGGUCGUACUCGUCGAGGGACAUUAUUUGCCGUUCGUGCCACUGUGCAAUCGGAACGAAUCGGUUUUCCUGGCUUCCUGCACUCCUGUGGUGUUGCCGGAGACGCGGGAGAGCGUCGUCCAAGGAGCUACUAAUAUAUUUACGACCAUCCACUCCAUGGACAUGAAAUAUCUUCACAUUGACAAAACAGCGGAGAGUCACUUGGAAUACACGAGGUCGGAGCUCGUCGGUGUUUCCUGGUACAAUCUUUUGCACUGGGAGUGCAUAAGGACAGCGUACUGCAAGCAUCAGACGGUGAUACAGUCCGAUCAAGAGCGUACGAGUACGGCUCUCCUGAGGCUACAAAACCGUUCGGGCAGAUGGUUCUGGAUCCACUGCGUUCUGCAAGUUAAAGAAACCUCGGAGGAGUGUCAACACCCGAUCAUCGUUUGUACCAACCAAGUAUUGAGUGACAAGGAGGCUGAAGUAAUGCGUUCGAGUUCCUGGCUGUAUCAAUAUUCGGCCCAGUCAAAGUUCACGUACGGUUUGUGUCCGACGUCCCAGCAGUCGCAGCAGCAAAAUCCGCCGGCAACGAACACGUACACGAAUCACGAUUACAACGUGCGUUCGGUUAGUCUCCUUUCUCAUGAGACGGGAGAGUCGUCGCCGUCGUACAGCAGCCACGAGGAGCCGCGCCAUCAUCAUCAUCAUCACCAGCAUCACCAGCACCAUCAGCACCACCCACAAAACUCCCAAAUUUCUCAGCAACAACAGCAGCAGCAGCAGCAUCAUCAUCACCAUCAUCAUCAUCAUCAUCGCAACGACGUAAGGAGCGAACCUGACGAUUACGCCACUGGUAAUGGCGGCAAAGUUAGACUGAGUCAUGACGAAAUAGAGCCCGUUGACAUGUCGAUAAACAGUACAGAUCACGAGAAUUCGAAAAAUCUCUAUCAGCUAACCCAUUCGUUGAGUUAUAGCCCGAAGAGUUAUCACCACCAUCAUCAUCACCAUCAUCAACACCAACAACAACAUCCCCAGCAUCAGCAUCAACAUCACGAGCAUCAAGUCCACCACGUUAAAGAAAGCGUUUCUCCGGUACCGAGUUAUCGAGCCAAAUCGACGAUAAUUCAGUACAGCAACGUUGGCCAGUAUCCCGGUGAUUCUCCCGUCCAAAAGUACAACAUAAUCGAUCUGGACGUCGGCUACGGUGCCCCCGGGGAGUCUUGCGUCGAGUCAAGAAUCUCAGUUCACUCGCCACAACGUAGAAAUCAUCAGCACAAUCAUCCUCACCAUCCACACCUCAGCAUCAAGCAACACGAUUCGAGUUUGAGUCUGAUAGAAGCGAAUGAAACGAGCAUAGAGCAGCAUUGGAACUCCUCCAGUCCUCCGGUCUGGUCGGAUACGUUACAGCGAGUCCCCGACGUUGUGCAUCAAGAACUCAGCCCCUACAUCACCACGCCGACCACACCCGUUCACACACCCGACUCCGAGCUCCACUCGGAAGUUCCUGUCUUCAAUUUCGAGUGGUCCGCCGGCGAACAACACGUGCCAAUCUCUAAGGUCAUCGUUUGUCGAAACAGUUCCUCCCUCGGUCAUCCGGAGAUAAGAAAAACUGCCAAUCAGACACAAGACAACAGCCCUGGCGCACCUAUGACCCUUCAAUUACCCAAGAGAAAGAAUCACGCCGAUGGGACUAAUAAAGAUUAGUCGUUUCAGUACAAAACAAAUCAUACACGAAUUUUACGAAUCAUACGAAAGUAAAGUAUAUAUACGAAAAUGUAAAUCUUUCAUUCUAAUGAAAUGAAAAUUUGUUUAAAAAAUACGAUCGCUCUGUCGGAUGUGGCGGGUGAAAUAUUGAAAACGGGAGUUUCGUUCAAGUUUUCAUGAAAUUUUGUCCGCCGUAUGCAACCGUAGUUUCGGAGUUUUUAACAAAUCUCUUCUACAAGUCCACCAGUUUUCAUAUAUUUUUUUAUGCGAAAUUAUUCAGGUAAGAAGUUUUAAACAACGGACCAAUGUGGCCGCAGCUGUUGAGCGAUGCGAAAACAUUUUACGAAUGACGUAGUACUUUUACUUGUCUCAGACAAUAUAAGUCAUCCGAAGUGAGCUUACCGUGGAAUUUUAUGAGAAAAAAAAACUUUCCACUUAGGGCUACUCAAAAUUUCGUAAUUUAUCUUUCGCUGGAUAAUGUAUUUUUGUGGAUAUAUAUACUUUACUUCGUUUCUAUUGCGGAAUUCAUGGAAUUCUUGCGAAAUUCAUUAUCAUAGACAAAUAUUUAGGAGAGACUUGAAAAGCGUUGUUAUCGUAGUUAGUGAAAAUGAUAAUAAUAAAAAAAUACCGUGUGCCUUGA